AUGAGACAUCUGUCCCGACUAGUUGCGGUUACCGCCGUGCUAUCUUUGACCGUACCAGCCUAUGCCGAGGGCCUGGAGAUUGUCGAUGCGAAUGUGAAACUGCUGGAGGCCGGAGACACGGUCGCGGUUUCCAAGAUCCCCGACGGGAUCUACCUGCGCAGUACCAACGAUCCUGACGAUGUGAUCUGGGAGCGUCUUCCGGAGUAUCGUGUUCAUGUAGGCCCGGCGCCUGCAGUGCACGAAUCUGUCGAUCUUCGUGUCGACUACGACGACGAGGGACAGUACGUGUUCCUGACCUUUGCGCGCACCGCGGAACGGUUCUAUGUGCGCAUGCGCUGGCGCGACGAAACGGCCGACACGGUGACCAGGAGCAACCGGUUCAGAGACGCGGUUGCCGUUCAGUUCUCGCUCGGGGAUGACGAGACGUCCUACGUGAUGGGAGACGGGCCCGACGCGCCGGUAAACAUCUGGUACUGGCGUUCCGAUCAAGGCGACAUUCAAAGUCUUGCCGCAGGCGGGCCGGGCAGCACCACCACGCUGGACGACCAGCCGGUGAGCGGCGAUGCCAUGUAUCUCGACAAGCGGGGGAAUGAUGCCAAUGAAUGGACUGUCGUGAUGUCACGGGAGAUUUCCACGGAGGGCGACUACCAGGUAUCCUUCGAGCAGGACAUCGUGCCGAUGGCAUUCGCACUCUGGCAGGGCGCAAACGAUGAGCGUGACGGGCUGAAACGUGUGUCCGACGGCUGGAUCCUCGUCGACCUGAGCGGCGGUUGA